CAACUUAUUCACUUUGUUUCAGUAUUCUGCGGUGGAUACGAAUCCCCUUAGUAUUUAUAUGAUGCAUCCAUUUUGGAACCAUAUUGUCAAGUAUUGUCCUAUGUGGCUGGCACCUAACAUGCUAACUUUUGUUGGCUUUCUUAUGAUGGCAUUUGCUUGUUUCCUACUAUCCUACUAUGAUUAUCAUUAUUGGGCCUCAUCUGGGAACCUUGGUACUGUGCCUAUUCCAGCAUGGGUCUUCCUAGCUGUUAGCAUACUUAUAUUUGUUUCAUAUACACUCGAUGGUAUCGAUGGUAAGCAGGCAAGGCGGACUGGUACCUGUGGCCCAUUGGGAGAACUGUUUGAUCAUGGUUUGGACUCAUGGACUGCUGUUCUCAUUCCAGUUUGCCUUUAUAGUAUCUUCAGUAGGUCAGAACCCAGCAUACAACCUUUCAGAUUUUAUAUGAUAUGCUGGAACGUAUUCCUCACUUUUUAUACAACUCAUUGGGAAAAAUACUUGACUGGUAUCUUAUUUCUUCCAUGGGGCUAUGAUUUGUCCAUGCUGGGUACUACCGUUCUUUUUGCUGUUACAUUCUUUACUGGUCAUGAGGGCUGGAAAGUAACAGUGUUUGAAGGAAUUUCUACAGGACGAUUAAUUGAAAUACUGUUUUAUCUGACAUCAUUUCUAGCAACACUACCUGUGUCCAUGUGCAACAUAUACAGAUCAUACAGGGAUGGAAGUGGUAAAAACCUACCACUACCUGAGGCUAUCCGACCAUUGGUCCCAGUUGGCGCUUUGUUGAUAUUAUCAGUUACCUGGGUCUUAUUUUCUCGUAAUGAUAUCAUCUCUUCUCACCCUAGAGCAUUUUACCUCAUGACUGGAACCGUUUUUUCCAAUAUUACUUGCCGCUUAGUUGUCAGCCAGAUGUCCAGGACCAGAUGUUUUGCUUGGAAUUCCUUAUUGACAAUUGAGGCCUUAGCAUUUGCUAUAUCUGUGCUAGUACCAAAGACUGAACUUGUCACUCUCUACUUUCUUUGGCUAGUUUCAACAUUAGCUCACAUACAUUAUGGAACAUGUGUAGUCAGGCAAAUGUGUCGUCAUUUCAGGAUAAAAUGCUUCAAGAUUACCAAAAGAGAAGAGUGA